AAUUGAAUACAAUUCUUUGACAUUUACGAUUUUUUUGGACGCAGAUACUUGAUUAAGAAUUAUUUUUUUUGAAUAAAGCUAAUCGUGGAAAAGAGUUUUCUCAUUGAUAACAUGAAUUUCGUGAAUUGAUGAAAUUGUGAAUGAUAAUAUAUGUUAAAGCUGGAAAUCUGAUUGGGAAUGAUUGUUUGAUUUUCCAUUUAUGGUGUUUAUUGCAGAAAUGUAACUUAGAAUACUAGAUUUAGUUCGUUUACAUUUACCCAAUUAGUAAUCUAAUCAAGCUAAAUUUACUUUUUUGUGAAGUAGUUUUACAUUGAAUAAGAAGUUGCGAUGAUUGCAAGAAGAUUUAAAUGUGGAAAUCAGAGGUUGGAUGAAUUUUUCCAGUCAAUAAAGUAUCCUAUAAGAUUGUAUAGGGGUGAUUGCUCCAGGUUUCGAUUCACUAAUGGAGGUUCGAUGACGGGGAGCGAUUCAAUUCGAGGUAAUCCAGUGAGAAAACACAAGUUUGAAUUGGUUGGUGUAAGAGAUUCCAAUUGGAGGUCAUGGCAGGGUAGACAUUUUCGAUUUUAUAGUUCGGAAGGUGGCGAGGGGAAUGCUAGAGAUGAGGAACAUAUAUCAGUUAGAGAUGGGGUUAACUCUGAUAAGAGUGGUGCAAAGCGGACGGAAGCAAGGGAAGAUAUACGGCAAUCUGAUCUGCAUGCUCGGUUGGGGGAGCAAGAUCAGAAGGAAUGGCUUAAUAAUGAGAAGUUGGCUAUGGAGAAUAAAAGGAAAGAAUCCCCUUUUCUUAGUCGCAAGGAAAAGUUUAAAAAUGAAUUUUUGAGGAGCAUUGUUCCGUGGGAGAAGAUAAAUGUUUCAUGGGAAACAUUUCCCUAUUAUGUUCAUGACAUUACCAAAAGCCUCUUAGUGGACUGCGUAUCAUCCCACUUAAAAUUCAAGAAAAUCACUUCUACUUAUGGUUCUUGUUUACCGUCUUCGAGUGGGAAAAUACUGCUUCAAAGUGCUCCAGGCACAGAACUCUAUCGAGAGAGAUUGAUUAGAGCACUUGCACGGGAUUUAAAAGUUCCCUUGUUUGUGCUUGAUAGCAGUGUGCUUGCUCCUUACGAUUUAGGAGAUGAUGGCAUGCCUGAGAAUGAUUCAGAUGAUGAACAUGUUGUUUCUAGUGACGAGUACACCUCUGAGUCGGAUGCUGAAGAUGAAAACGAUGAAGAGGGGGCAAGCAAUGCUGAGACAAAAUCAGAUGCUACAGAGGAUGAGGAAAUUGAUUUGCACGCAUCAGCAGAAGUCCUUGAGAAGCUUAUACCUUUCAGCCUUGAAGAUUUUGAGAAGCGAGUAUCAGGAGAAUGUGAAAGUUCUUCUGAAACCAACACUGGUGACAGCCAGACAGCUGACGAGUCAAAGCGGCCUCUGAGGAAAGGUGACCGUAUCAAGUACAUUGGGCCAUCUGUGCAAGUUGAAUCGGAUGACAGGAUUUUAUUGGGGAAGAUUUCAACAUCUGACGGACGGAUGAACGCUUAUACUGUUAUUCGUAGCAGAGAGAUACCAACUGGAGAGUGUGGUGAGGUUUAUGAGGUAGAGAAAGACCGUGCAGCUGUCAUUCUGGACAAGGGGGGUAAGCAGGAUGGCACAAAGCAAGAUGAAAAACCUGCCAUUUACUGGAUUCAAGUGAAACAUAUUGAGCGUGACCUUGAUGCUCUGGCUGAGGACUAUUACAUUGCUAUGGAAGCUUUAUGUGAAGUUAUACAGUCACAGCAACCUCUCAUCGUUUACUUUCCAGAUUCUUCGUUGUGGCUGUCACGCGCAGCUUCGAAGUCCAACCGUGCUGAGUUUAUCAACAAGGUUGGGGAAAUGUUUGACCGAUUAUCAGGGCCAUUGGUUUUGAUUUGCGGGCAAAACAAGGUUGAUGCUGGUUCCAAGGAAAAACAGAAAUUGACAAUGAUUCUCCCAAAUUUUGGUCGCCUCGCUAAGCUGCCUCUUUCGUUGAGAAGACUGACAGGACUUAAAUCAAACAAGACAUCUUGUGGCACUGAUUUAUAUAAGCUUUUCCCUAAUGUGAUGUGCAUACAUUUUCCAAAGGAAGAAGAGCAACUUCGUUGCUUCAAUAAACAGCUUGAAGAAGACCGGAGAAUAGUGAUUUCACGCAGCAAUCUGAAUGAACUACGUAAGGUCCUUGUAGAACAUGAGCUUUCUUGUUUGGAGUUACUGCAGGUUGAUACUGAUGGUGUGGUUUUGUCAAAACGAAAGGCGGAGAAAGUUGUUGGAUGGGCCAAAAAUCACUACUUAGCAUCUUGCUUUCUUCCUUCGAUCAAAGGGGAUAGACUCAACCUGCCUCGUGCAAGCUUGGAGGUUGCAAUUUCGAGGUUGAAGGAGCAGGAAACAAUAACAAAAAGGCCUUCGCAAACUUUAAAGAACCUUGCCAAGGAUGAGUAUGAGAAUAAUUUUGUCCCAGCAGUAGUUCCUCCUGGUGAAAUUGGUGUCCGAUUUGACGAUGUUGGUGCUCUUGAAGAUGUAAAGAAGGCACUAAAUGAGCUGGUUAUUCUUCCCAUGAGAAGGCCAGAGCUUUUUUCUCAUGGAAAUUUGCUUCGGCCUUGCAAAGGGAUUCUGCUGUUUGGACCUCCAGGAACUGGCAAAACCCUUCUUGCCAAAGCACUUGCGACUGAAGCAGGGGCAAAUUUUAUUAGCAUUACUGGCACAACUCUGACAUCAAAGUGGUUUGGAGAUGCUGAAAAGCUCACUAAGGCCCUUUUUUCCUUCGCUAGUAAGCUUGCACCGGUCAUUAUAUUUGUUGAUGAGGUUGAUAGUCUGCUUGGAGCUCGUGGUGGUGCCUUUGAACAUGAAGCAACUAGAAGAAUGCGUAAUGAAUUUAUGGCAGCUUGGGAUGGGUUAAGGACGAAGGACAGCCAAAGAAUCCUUAUCCUUGGUGCUACAAAUCGCCCAUUUGACCUUGACGAUGCUGUUAUUCGUCGUUUGCCACGAAGGAUAUAUGUGGACCUGCCAGACAUAGAAAAUAGGAUGAAAAUUUUGAAAAUAUUUCUCGCGCAAGAGAAUCUUGAGCCUAAUUUUCAAUAUGAUGAACUAGCAAAUGCAACAGAAGGAUACUCUGGGAGCGAUUUAAAGAACCUUUGCAUUUCUGCAGCAUAUAGACCUGUGCAGGAACUUCUGGAAGUAGAGAAUAAGGUUGGUAAGAAUGAUACAUCUUCUGUACUACGUCCACUUUGUUUGGAGGAUUUUAUUCAGUCAAAAUCCAAGGUAGGUCCUUCAGUUGCCUAUGAUGCAGCCAGCAUGAAUGAGCUGCGAAAGUGGAAUGAACAGUAUGGAGAAGGUGGAACCCGGAAAAAAUCACCAUUUGGUUUCUAAAGCAGUUAACCUGUAAUAUCGUUAUUAUCGCCUUUUCCUGGAGCCGACUGUACAGUGGUGCCCCAUAAAGAUGAAAAUUGAGUAAUGUGCAUGAAUAAAGUAAUGCAAAAGGAAAGGGACACACUUGAAACGAGUUGCGGCCCAAGAUAGCUGGGGUCUGCUAUGCUCUGUGUACCUUAGACAAGAAAAGCACAGCCUCUUCUUUCCUACUCUCAUGGAGAAAACAGCUAUUGCAUGAUGUAUUUACAGCCAACAAGUUUUCCAUAGGCCGGAUAUGUGACUUAUAAAUAGGUGUCUACUAAAAAUGAAGUUUUAAGAUGGGCUUUGGUCUGGAAGAGACUCUUCGUGUUCGUGGGAAGGGUGAUUUUGAUGGAAACGAUCAACACAUGCACGACAAAAGUUUAAUCUAUUAUUUUGAUCCAGUUUUGUCUUCUGCACUUUGCAUAAGCUUGUAUGCUUCUACUUGAAUACUAUUUUGGCAAUGGCUAGACAAUUACUCCUUCCGAAUCUUAAAGUUGUUUUCAUUUGCCAUUUUAUGUUCCAUUUGUUUUUGUCAUAAUUUUUUUUUUAAUUUCAUCCUAUAAUUUGACUUGUUUAACCCAUAACUUUACAUUGUUAGAAAAUGUACCCUUAUUUUUUGUCCUUGAAUCUGGAUGGAAUGCAUAGAAUUCUCAUUGUUCUACAUUUGAGUUGUUAUUUACGGUAAUUAAGCUGAUUGUGUUCCUUCAUCUUUCUCUAGAGCAUUCUUUCAUCUAUGAAGUUAUUUUCUACAAAUCAUUUUAUGAACUCAUUAUUCAUCUACUCUUCAUUUUUGUCAUUUUGAGAUCAAAUUCUUUUGGUUUGAUGUAUUGAAAUUCCCCAUGUUUUAAGUAGUCUUGAACUUUGUGCUUUCUCCCAUUUCCUUUCAAAGGUUUGAUUUUCUUGU